ACUAUAUUACACUUAAGUUCAAAUGAUCAAUUUGUGUUUGAGCAAUUACCAAAUUCAACAUUCCUUAAUUGAUAUUAACAUUAAAUAUAUAUGGUCCUUCUUUAUUUGCAUAUAUACAACGAUUUUAUUUAAAUUUUUUUUUUAACAAUUUUGAAAUCAUGGAUACUUCGAAAAAUUGGAAAACAGUGUCCUUGCUUGUUUGUGUGUUUGCUAUGGUUAGAGAAAUACGACCAAUUGAGCCGUUUUUCACUUCAUAUCUCAAAAGUAUGAAUUUCACAUUAAACCAGAUCAACGAAGAAAUAUAUGCAGUGGGGACUUACUCGUGUCUAGUAUUAGCUGUUCUAAUAUUCUUGAUUACAGAUUAUUUUCGGUAUAAACCAUUAAUCAUUGCAGAUGGAAUUGCUGGAAUUUUAACAUAUGCUUUACUAUUAGGAACACCAAGUUUAUUCAGAGUUCAAAUGGAACAAGUGUUCUUUGGAUUUUUUUAUUCAUCAGAAGUUGCGUUCACUACGUAUUUGUAUGCCAAGGUCGACGACAAACAAUAUUAUCAAAAAAUCACCAGCCUAGUGAAAGCAUCUAUGUUAUUCGGCAGAUUUCUGUCUGGAUUAAUUGCGCAAACUAUUGUUUCAACACACUUGUUGAACGAAGUUUAUCUACUAUAUAUCAGUAUAUUUAGUACCUCAUUUGUAACACUAUGGACAUUAAUUCUCCCUAAAGUAGAACACAGUUUAUACUUUCAUAGAAAUAAGGAAUUAACAGUAAACAUUAAAUUAGAACAAUCUAACGGAGUUGCCAUUGAUGACAAUGUAUCAAAUAAUGUUCCUAAAACUUCAAAAAUCAAUAAAUUUAAAGAAGUUAAGCAGAUGAUUCUUGAUGACUUUCAAUCGGCAUAUAAAAAUACAUAUGUAGUGAAAAAAUGUUUUUGGUGGAUAAUUGCUGUUGUUGGUCAAAUUAUAGUUGCAACGUAUAUUCAAGUUUUAUGGGAGGAUGUAAACUUAAUGAACGAAAAUAAAAUAGAACUAAUGAAUGGCGCUGUCGAAUCUAUACACACUCUUUGUGGCGCAGCAGGUGCCUAUGCAGUUGGUCACUUAAGUUAUGAUUGGAAAAAAUUUGGCGAUAUUAUAUUCACAGUUGGGACCUUUGUUUUAGCUUUAUUAUUAUUCAUAAUAUACUACUGCAAUUCACUAUGGAUAUUAUACCUAUUAUACAUAUCGUUUGGUACUUGUUACCAAGUAUUAUUAACUAUAACUACCUCUGAAGUUGCGAAACAUAUAAAACCUGACAGUUACGGACUAAUAUUUGGUUUUAAUCUUUUUAUGUCAUUAUUGAUAAUCUCAAUAUUUACAUUAUUAUUUAUCCAAGGUCUUGUUGUUAUUAUAGGAACAAAAAAUCAGAUAUUAACAGUUUCUCUGAUGUUUGCAUCGAUGUCCGCAUUUUUCUUUGUCGCGGCUGUUAGAAAAUGGAAGAAAUAAAUGCACAUGUACCUACUGUGAACCAUGGGAGGAUGCUUUAACCAAAAACAUUUACACUUAUUUAUUAAUUUAUCUAUAUUUAAUUCAUCGAAUUGUUUAAAUACCAUGAUAACAUUGUCAUCGAUGACCGAUAAGUAUUUUUAUUUAUUUAAAGUAAAAAAGUUUAGAUUUAAACAAAUAUUUAUUAAAGAACACGGUUUAUAUGUUUUUGUAAAAAAAUAUUAGAAUGAUGCUCUUGUGGACUUAGGUCAGCGAUUCCUAUAUUAUAGUAAUUUUUUUCACAUAAGUAAUACCUAUAUUAUAUAGCUGGAUAUAUGUAUGAAAUGGUCAUAAAAUAUACUAUACAGCAUUGAGCACAA